GGGACCCGGCCAGAGCCCGGCGUCGGGGCGGGGCGGGCCUGGAGGAAGGGGCGGCGGCGACGCGGGGCUGCCAGUCGCUGCGGUGGCCGCGGACGCGCGGUGGAGACGCCGGGACUUGGAGAGGCCGCGCGGUACCUUGGGGCGCAGCCGAAGAACGAGACAGAGCCUGAACUCACAGCCAGAUCCAGAGACCACAAGAAGAUGGCCUCCAGUGACGUAAAGGUCGUUCCCCGCAGGGCCACACGCAGGACUCCUGCCGAGAGGAUGAGCAAGUUCCUGAGGCAUUUCACCGUGGUCGGGGAUGACUACCACACCUGGAACAUCAACUACAAGAAAUGGGAGAACGAGGAGGAGGAUGAGGAGGAGGAGCCGCCGCCCGUGCCAGUCUCAGGCGAGGAGGGUGGCGCGGGGGAUGCCGAGGCUGCACCCAGGUCGGCGCCCAAGCCUGCCCGCGACUUCAGGAGCAUAUUGAGGAAGCUCUUCAGCUCCCACAGAUUUCAGGUUGUCAUCAUCUGCCUGGUCAUUCUGGACGCUCUCCUGGUGCUCGCUGAGCUCAUUCUGGACCUGAAGAUCAUCCAGCCUGACAAGAACCACUAUGCGCCCAAGGUGUUCCACUACAUGAGCAUUGCCAUCUUGGCCUUCUUUAUGAUGGAGAUUUUCUUUAAAAUCUUCGUCUUCCGCCUGGAAUUCUUUCACCACAAGUUUGAGAUCCUGGAUGCUGUCGUGGUGGUGGUCUCCUUCAUCCUCGACAUAGUCCUCCUGUUCCGGGAGCAUGAGUUUGAGGCUCUGGGCCUGUUGAUCCUGCUCCGGCUAUGGCGGGUGGCCCGGAUCAUCAAUGGGAUAAUCAUCUCCGUCAAGACACGUUCAGAACGGCAGCUCUUAAGGUUAAAACAGAUGAAUAUUCAGCUGGUCGCCAAAAUCCAACACCUUGAAUUUAGCUGCUCUGAGAAGGAACAAGAAAUUGAAAGACUCAACAAGCUCCUGAGGCAGCACGGGCUUCUCGGCGAGGUGAAUUAGACUCCCACAGCCCGGCCCCAGAGAGGACCCUGCCUCCCUGGGCUGGCCGUGCCUAAGAGUGACCACCUUGCCGGGUCACGUGGUGAGGGGGCUUGGGUCAGUGCCUCACCCAUGGGUCCCACCAGGGCUGUGUUGGACGCAACCACAGGAGGCCGUUCCUCCUUGGUAUGAUCCAAGAGCUGCCACCCUGCCGCGCACAGCAGCUGGAUCAGACUGUUUCCUCAUGUUGGACCCUGCACUCUUGGCUUAAAUAUGACACGCUGGAUGAUGACUAAUUGUAUAUAAAAUUUAUUCCCAUCUCAUGUACAGUUUUCAAAUUUCACAUGAUUAUACUGGGACCAGCACAUCCUUUCACUCUGAAAGAAAAAGAAAAGCAGCCACCUUAGCCUCCAGCCCACCCGAGAAAGGCCCCUUUUAUUCCCACGCUGUUCUAAAGUCUUCUGCUGUCACCACGGGGAUGUCAUUCCAGGUACCCAGGACCCUCCUCUGCGGUAUCGAGCGUUCUGCCACCUGACAGCACCGUUCUCAAUGACCUACAAUUAACGUAUAGAAUAACCUCUCCCCUGAGCCGCCUCCCUGCCCUGCCCGCCCCGGGGCCUCCCACGCAGCCCACCAGCUGGAGAGCCAGCUCCCGCAGGGCCUGGUGCAGGGUGGCAAUUAGACCCAAGGCUGCCCUGUAAUUCACAUGAUCUCUUAAGAGUCCCUCGUGAGGCUCUGCACCCGACUUGCAUGAUUUUAUACAGUAUUUUGCUAUUUUUGUACUUAGCUCAAUAGGACUUGAAAGAAAACCUAAGCUAGAAACAAUGAACAUUUUAAAAAUAACUCUCAUUAAAGCAGGGCUGGAUGAACUGGAGAGAUCCCCGAGUGGGCUGCUGCAAGGGCUGUUUUUUCCACCGCCCCGGCCCCCAAGACCACUUCCAUCUAUGACCAACUCUAAAUCCAAACCAAGCAGAAUGAAACUUCCAGAAGGGGACAAGAAAGCUGGAGGCUGGCCCGGGGCAGCGAGUUGGUGCGGGGGCAACACCAAGGCAUGGGAGGCGUGAGGAAGUGGGACGCUUCUGAGGGACUUACGGCCCCACGUGCACUUGUUCCAGAGGAGAAGACCUCAGACCGAGGUGGGGCUCGGUUUCCUCCAGGGACCACUUACGUCAAGCAAAUGGGAAGAAGAAGUUAAAGGGCAGCCUGGCGUUGAUGGCUGGCCGCGCUCUGAAGCCCGGCUCUGCAGGUGCAGACACAGCCGCAAAAGUAACCACAGUGGAAAUGAGAACCGUCCUUUCAUUUCCGGCGCUGGUCUGUAAUAAAGAGUCAGAAGCAAGACCCCCCUCCAGUGUGUGGCCAGGACAAAACGAGACCUCUUUCCCACGCCAUGACUCCUGUCAGUUCAUGAAGAUGACAGGUUCACUGGGGUCCCUCGGCCACUGCCUCGGCUGACAGGCAGCGUUUACCCUGGCUGUCCUCACCUGACACACCACGAUCAACAAUCCAUUUUCAUGAUGGUUUUAAAGAUUAAAUCUAGGGGUUGGGGUUGUGGCUCAAGUGGUAGCACACUCGCCUGGCAUGCAUGAGGCACUGGGUUCGAUCCUCAGCACCACAGAAAAAUAAAGAUAUUGUGUCCACCUUAAAAAUAAUAAUAAUUAUAUAUAAAAAAAGAUUAAAUCUAAACAAGACUGUUAAUGUAAAUAAAACCUUUGUCAGUGGGUUUCUCCCUCUAAGUAAAUAACCACAGCAAAAUUGUUUUAACAAUCCAGAUUGUUUAAAAGCUAAUCUCUUUUUACCAACUAAUAAAUGUUACAUGUCAUACUUGAA